CCAACUGAAAAAAAAUCCCUUGCCCUCCCCUUCCGUUUCCUCAUCUUUUCCCUUCCAUACUGUCUCCGCAAAUGGACAAAACUCCCAGCGACUCCAAACAGCCGAUAGUUUCAUCUGCGGAGAUGGACGAAGUCGAGAAGGUGUUCCGGAAGUUCGACGCCAAUGGAGACGGAAAAAUCUCUCUAUCGGAGCUUGGCGCGAUUCUGAAUGCACUUGGCAGUAAGACAUCGCCGGAUGAGGUAAAACGAAUAAUGUUGGAAGUUGAUACUGAUGGUGAUGGUUUCAUUGACUUGAAAGAGUUUGCUGCUUUUUACUGUCCGGGAGGAGCGGACAGUGAUAACAAAGAGCUUCGGGAGGCUUUCGACUUGUACGAUAAGGACAAAAACGGCAAAAUCACGGCGGCUGAAUUGCAUUCUGUUAUGAAGAGCCUCGGAGAGAAGUGCUCGCUCAAGGAUUGCCGUCGUAUGAUCAGCAAGGUGGAUGUCGACGGCGAUGGAUGUGUUAACUUUGAGGAGUUUAAGAAGAUGAUGAGUAGGACCUGACUUUUCAGAUUAUUAACUUAUGGAAUCAACGGUAGGUUUUAAUUGGAACCGAUUUCGGAACUCUGUAGAUACUCUGUUUCUCCUGUUUGACAGAUUUCUGCCAUAGUUUUUGCUGUCAAUCCACUCUAACUGUAGUUAGGUAUGAAGAAAUUCCGAAUCAGCCAAAAACUUUAUUAUUACUCCUAUAUGAUUUGGGUUAUCGGUACAAAUUACGAUAAUUCCAAAAAGGUAAGAAAUAAUAUUUUGCAAAAAUGAAAUCUCGUACUUCCUAUUGUGUUUUGUGACAUUUACUAUUGAGUCACGCGCAAUCCAUCUCUGUUACUGCCGUUUCAUCUACUAUUUUUAUUUGCUUUUUUGAUACUUUGGAGUGCUGUUGAAGAAAUUCGUGGCGUAUGAAUUUUCAAAGUUGCUGAUAGUGCCAAGACCACACGGAAUUGUAAUCGUGUUAAUGGGGCAACGCGCUUGUAGCUUUCCUGUUGCUAGUGGUAAAUAUGUACUCCGCCUAUGUCAGUUUUUAUUUAUUUAUUUCCUCCGAAACACCGUUUUUC